GGAGAAGGAGGAACGUAUACACUGGUCUCGUAGGGCAGUCGUUCCUCCUUCGUCGUUCCUUCGCAAAGGUGCAGACCGCUUUUAACGAGAUUAUUUCGCACGAGAGGGAAAAAAAGAAUUCGAAGUCGACUCGCGACCGUCUCAACGAUCGUUCCGACUCUCGUUCAGGAGAUACAUCGGUGUCUUGGCUCGUCCGGUUGGAUACUAGCGGGAUCGCGUAUCGUACGGUGUCGCUGCUCCCUCGUAUUAGCAGUGCAAGUGGUGUGCCGGUGGCUAAGCGAGAGGAGCAGGCGGAAGAAAGGAGGAGGAAGCUACGAGACGAUCCUCGUCCUUUUCGUCAUCGUGCGCGGAAUCGAGCCGAAUGAUGCCCAAUUGACGAAGACCGCGCAGUCCUAGGAAUGGCCCCAUUCAGUUCCGUCUUCCUGGGCGUCUGGGGAGUGUUCGUGAUCGUCCUGAUACAAGAAUCUAGGCCCGUCAGCUGGGAGGAAUGGUGGACCUAUGACGGUAUUUCCGGUCCCGGCUUCUGGGGUCUCAUCAAUCCGGAUUGGUGGCUGUGCCACAAGGGCAGACGGCAAUCGCCGGUGAAUCUGGAGCCAUCCAGGCUGCUCUUCGAUCCGAACCUGCAACCUCUGCACGUGGACAAGCACAGAGUUGGUGGUGUGUUGGCAAACACUGGCCACAGCGUGGUGUUCGCUGUGGACAACGACACGCGUCAUCCUGUGAAUAUCUCGGGCGGUCCAUUGAGUUAUCGGUACCAGUUCCACGAGAUCCAUCUGCAUUUUGGAUUAGACGAUCGAACCGGUAGCGAGCACACUGUGGAUGGACACGCGUUUCCAGCUGAGUUGCAGAUAUUCGGCUUCAACUCGCAACUGUACAACAACUUCUCGGACGCGUUGCAGCGAGCGCAGGGGAUCGUGGCGGUGUCCCUUCUCCUCCAGGUUGGAGACCUUUCGAACCCGGAGCUACGAAUAUUCACCGAGCAGCUGGAUAAGAUCAGAUACGGAGGCCAGGCGAUGGAGAUUAAACGUUUCGUGGUACGAGAACUGCUGCCGGACACGAAAUAUUACAUGACGUACGACGGCUCCAUCACGAUGCCGGCCUGCCACGAGACCACCACGUGGAUCAUCCUGAACAAGCCGAUAUACAUCACAAAGCAGCAGCAAGAAGAAACGCCUCUUAAAUUACGUUGAAACAGUAGCCGAACACCCUGUGGAAUAUCAAAAUUUGUGCACGAAAAUACCGAGAUAUAUUUAUUCUAAAAUUGAUCUAAUUAUUCUAAACUAUUAAUGUAAUUAUUCUAGAAAUACGACAUAAACCUAGCGAUUUUAAUCAUCGAGAUAUUCUAUUACUUUCAUUAUGAAACGUAUUUCAAAUAGCACUGAAUAUUUUGGUUUUAAAUGUUAAAUAAAAAAUAUUGCGAAAUAUGCGUUGAUAAGCUUCCGGUACGUCACGGUGAUUAUGAGGGUGUCAUGAGACUCCAGAUGCUUAUGCAAAUUCAUGUCUUUUAUAUAUCAAUAUAACUGAAAGAAUGGAAUCCGCAAAAACGUUAGAAUAAUCGCAGGCAUUUACACAACAAUUAAAAAAAUAUGAUAAAAUUUGACGCUCGAGAACCGCAUACGAUAACAUCAAAUUUAAGCUACUGGCCUAAUCCUUUUUCACCUUGAUUACGUUUUCUAUCCCGGAAAUCUUCUUGAAUAUAUAACAACAAAAAUAUCAAGAGAAUAAAAAGAGAAGAAUGCACACAAACAAUACACACUCCCAAGCCAUUGUACGGCUGUAGAUAAAAGGAAAAGAUAUGACAACUCAUAACUUCGUGUAAUAAUAACAAAUUUAAUCUGCCGUCCCUUCGACCAAUCCCACACCCUCGUAAAAGCUAAAUACUGAAAAAGAAACCGCGAAAACAAAGGAAAAACCAUAGAAAAAAUGCAAUCAAUAUUCGAUCGUUUAACCGUAAAUAAAAAUCAAAGCUAGAAUGAAAAAAAGAAGGGACUGAAGUAGGACGAUGGAAAAACUGGAUGUCGAAAGUUUCGUGGCGAAACUAAUUUAUUCGCGGCGAUAUCGAGGAGAGGACGAUCGCGCGUUGAUCGAUGAUUUAACAGCCACUUUUCGCGGGAUGAUUUACGUAUCCACAGAAGGUGGCGGCGAUGCAUUUUAAUAAAUUUAUCGGGGACAGCGCCGGUGGCGUGCGAGGAAUUAUACUUGCUAAAACAGAGGGCCGAGAUUACGUGGCUAGUAUUUUUCGGGGCAAGUUACCCAGGGGGCGACAUCAAAGGGAUGCAAAAUAACCGGGCACACAAACAAACGACACACGUACAGGGAAGAACCCACAUGCACGCAGCGUAUUGCUCGUUACACCGAAAAAAAUUCAACCAGGAAAACCACCGGUGCACACGGUGUAUCGAAUAUUCUAGUAAGCUUAUCCCGGCCUCGUGGCCCUCCAUUAGAGCGAAAAGAGCGUCCCGUGAUGUCGACGCGUCGAUUAUUAGCCCACUUUUUCCAGCUCACAUUUUCGAGCCUGAUAUUUCUAACGAGGUGACAUCGCCCGGAAUAUUUUCAUUGCUCCCCGUACAGAUGUACACAUUCAUAUAUUAUAUAUACAUAAUUAUAAUACGUAGCAAUAAAUUUAAUAAUUGUGAAGCUUAAUAUAUAUUUACUUCUUAUUAAUUGAAAUAAACCUUAAUUUAGAUGAAAAUCCUAACGAAUACACAGUACGAUAAAAUCUCCUUUGUGUAAUAGGGAAACAAAAAUGUUAUUACGAUGGAAUUUUUGGAUAAUGGGAUAAUCACCUUUCUGAUACGAAAUUUUAUUUAUUCACGUACAGAUUGGUGUUAAUCGAUAGUUUCUUUAUAUAUUUAUGGAUCCCAUAUUUUUUUAGGAUUUAUAAUAUGUAAUUUAACAUAUAAUUUUACUGCACGUAGUUACAUUCUUUUCGUACUUCGAGCCAUCGAAGUCCUUUUCCGAAUGCCACGAAUACUCAAUCGAAUAAAGGAAAGAAUACAUUCUAUAUGAACACUAAUAAAAUACGUACAUACUCGAAACGCGAAAAGGCAUUUGUUCCUGGGAAAUAUUAUAUGUUUGGAUGAUAGAACAUUCGGAUAAUAUUAAUAUUAUUGUUAUAGAACGUUCGAAUAUUAAGGUAUUCGGAUAAGGGGAGCUCUACUGUGUUAAAAGUAUCAGAUUGUCCGAAAAGUCUGUUUCGUUUUAUAAGGUGAUAAUAGAUGCGCAACACACCGUUUGUUUUAUAUCAUUUUAUUGAGUUACAUAUGCUCCAUUUGUAUCAGAUUGUCCCAAAAGUUUCUUUCAAUUUUUAAGGUGAUAAUAGAUGCGCAACACACCGUUUCUUUUAUAUUAUUUUAUUGAGUUAUAUAUGCUCCAUUUAGUUCUAUUACUACGAAAAGGAUCAUGCAUAAUUCGAUAUAUACAACUUAAUACAUAGCGAUAGAAAUAUUCUUGCGGAUAUUUCAUAGAAUAAGGCCGAACGAGGAGAGCACGUAUAGGGAAAAUUUGUUCAAAAUGAAUACCUUGACAACAUAUUUCAAGGUCGUCGAAAUCGGUGAGGCGUGCCCCAUUAUAAAUAAUUAUCAUCAAACUUGGUAUUUUAUAUUUCAGUAAAACGAACUCUAAAAGUUCGUAAUUGGGUAUGAAUUUUAACAAACUUUUUUAUUAAACUAAUUGCAAUUUUCUCCGACUGGAUAAUCAAACGAGGUUAAACAGGAGUUUGAAAUAUGGGAUGGACGAGCAGGUGUUGUAAUGAAAUAUUCCUGUCGAAAGUCAAAGAGCUGAUACGUAUAACUGCUGUUGUAUAGCACAGGCAUCGAGAACCUUAACUUUCAAGCUAUUAAGCUGUUAGGAGGGAAAGGUCGUCUCGAAAGAGCAGAAUGCAAAAGCGAUAAGAACAAGAACUACGAUCGUCGGCGUUGUAGUUUCUCAAAAUUGAUAAAUCGAUAAAUCAAUAUCUAUAAUAGGCGUUCUGUAGUAGGUGCUAGUAGCUUGUUGGCUCACGGAGACUGUUUGGGCCAUUAAGCCAUUAUAAAAUGCAAAGACGAUAAAGAACAGGGUGUCGUAUUUACUUCAUUUUCGCCAGCCGAUAAUUCGUACAAAAUUAAUCGGAUUAGUUCGCACUCUACUUUUAUUAAAAAGGUUAAUGGAACGUUAUUAUUUCAAGCGUGUUACUUGAGGCGCAACAUUCCUGAAAUUUCGAUUCUGUCGCAGAUUCUUUAAUAAUUUAUUAAACACGUUAAUGUACAAUAUUAUCGUUUUAGCGAAACUUUCAUCGAUUUUCUGUUACUCUUAUUGAAAAUUUCUGCUUUUUCAUUAACAGAUCGUAUUAAUUUAAUCGAAUAAAAACGUACCCUUUGAUACAUUGCAAUAAUAUUCUGCAGGAAGUAUACCAAAAUUUUGUUAUUCUUUAUAUUCGUUAAAGAUUUUAACUCUUAAAAGCGAAACAUCAAAGACGAAACCUGUGUUAGUUCAAAAUUACAAUCUCCUCUCAUUUCAAUUGAAAGUAUUUUACUGUUAAAAAUCAAACAAAUCAUCUGCACGGCAUCUAUUAAAAUGCUUAACUUUCAAAGUAUUCGUGGGAACGAUCGAAACAUCGAAAGUUUAAAAUUACGAUCCCAACCUCAUAUUUCAAUCUUCCGUUUUUUCGAUAAAAUAAUCCAAUUGAAAGUAACUCGAUGGACAAAAAAAGAAUCAAACACAUCAAUCUCCGUCGUUGAAAAAAAAAUCAAACGAAUCAAUCUGCACGAUCGCCGUUAAAAACCUCAACUUUCAAAGCUUUCAGGUUAUUAAUCUUUCACUCGAGCAAAAAGCAAAGAAAAAAAAAAAAAAAGAAAGAAAGAAUACAAAGCCUGGAAAAAGAAGAAAGCAAAGACGCGAGGGGAUAAAACAAGGAAAGUGAUAUUGAC